UGGGGUCUCUCUCUCUCACACACACACACAAACACAGCCCUUACAACACAGCGCCCCAUUCUUUGCACAGAGGAUGAAGUCAUAGCCCAGUAACCUCCGUGCGUGUGUGCCCCUGCUCUGCCUCUCUCGCCUGAUCUCCAUUGGCUCGAUCCGGCUCACCCCAGGCUGCCGAGCGCCGGGGAACCACGCAGACCAAUGAGGGGAACGGGCAGAGGUGGGCUGGGCUGGGCUCGGUAGACUACCUACUCCACAAGCAUUGGGAGGCCGGAAGCGGUUGUAACGAGGCCGUGUCUAGCGCUGUUGAAGAAGAAGAGCCAGGGUCUCCUCCGACUUUGAGAGAAAUCAUGUCACAGGCCGAUUUUGAAAAGGCUGCGGAGGAGGUGAAGAUUUUGAAGACGAAGCCCGCAGAUAAAGAAGUGCUGGAGAUUUACGGUCUCUACAAACAGGCGACCGUGGGAGACGUCAACACGCAACGCCCCGGAAUGUUAGACUUCACUGGAAAAGCCAAGUGGGACGCCUGGGACGCCAACAAAGGAAUGAGCAAAGAAGACGCAAUGAAGAAGUAUAUUGAAAAAGUCGAAGAACUAAAGGCAAAAUAUGGAAUUUAAAGGCAGAUUUAGCUGGUACGAGCACUAGUGCUGGAUCCAUGGCAUCUUUUUAACUCUGAAAACUGUGUGGUCAGGAAUUUCCUUGACCAUGAUUUUCUUAGACUCGAGUAUCCGUGUCUGUUUCCAAAAUGCCUUAAAAACAAUAGAAUAAGGUAUUUUGCACAUUCCAUGCCAAGCAUGAUUGAAUUACCAUCCACCAGCAGUUUCUUGUUCUUGUUAAACCUUUUUGGUUAAAAACAAACCGAUAAAGUCAGUUUUUUAUUCCUUUGAUUGUGAGUAUUUUCUUUUUGUGAUGGAACAGGAGUGAAACCGUGCAGUAGUCGUUCUCGUGUUAGACUCUCAAGUGGAGAGAGCAUGAUCACGAGCACCACAGCGGCACUUGGAGACCAGGGGUUUGUAACGCCUGUGAUGUGCAGGAACACACAUUUUUAAAAUGAAAACAAACAUCUGUUAUAGACCAUUUUCAUCUGCAUGUUGGUCUUGUAUGUACAAUAUUAAACAGCUGAAUUUUGGCAGAA